GGCAACACAACAUACGCAAUAAAUUAUUUCCGUUUCGUAAAUUUUCAAUGGUUAACCGCCUGUUAAACCAAUAAAGUGUUGUGUGCUGUUAAGUUUUUUUUUGUGUAAAUGGGAAAAAAUAGUACAAUAAACUAACCGUAUUUAAAUAAUAAACCAAAGUGUGCACAUAUUAAAUUUAAUUAUAUUAUAAGCAACAAUUUGUUUAAAUAUAAGUGCAAAAAAUAAAAAAAAAAUAAAAAAAAACUUUGAACGAAAAUUUCGGCGAGAUUUUACGAAUACAGUAACUCCCACUGCUAAAGUGUUUAAUAAAAAAAAUCGUGAAUUCCACUUGGAGCUGAGAAACGAUGACAGUAACUGCCUUUGCGGCCGCAAUGCACAGACCCUUUUUCAAUGGAUACGCCACCAUGCAAGAUGCGGGACAAGGACGCGUCAAUCAAUUGGGCGGCGUGUUCAUAAAUGGUCGCCCCUUGCCGAAUAAUAUACGCUUGAAGAUCGUCGAAAUGGCCGCCGAGGGUAUACGUCCGUGCGUAAUAUCCCGUCAGCUGCGCGUAUCACAUGGUUGCGUUUCGAAGAUCCUCAAUCGCUAUCAGGAGACCGGCUCCAUACGUCCCGGUGUGAUUGGUGGUUCUAAGCCGCGCAUUGCGACACCAGAAAUUGAGAAUCGCAUUGAAGAGUACAAACGUCAGAAUCCGAGUAUUUUUUCUUGGGAGAUAAGAGAUAAAUUAAUACGUGAUGGAAUUUGCGAUCGCACCACAGCACCUUCGGUCUCGGCGAUUUCGCGUUUGGUACGUGGUCGUGAUGCGCCUGGGGAGGAUGAUGGACAGAAAACACAAUCCGGCUCGGAACAUUCACACAAACUUUCCGAUGAGGAGGCAUCGGAUUGCGAAAGCGAGCCUGGCAUAGCGCUGAAGCGUAAACAGCGUCGCAGUCGUACCACUUUCACAGCCAUGCAAUUGGAAGAGUUGGAACGUGCCUUUGAGCGCACGCAGUAUCCAGAUAUUUAUACGCGCGAGGAAUUGGCACAACGCACUAAUCUAUCCGAGGCACGCAUUCAGGUGUGGUUCAGCAAUAGACGAGCACGUCUGCGUAAGCAAAACACUAACGGUGCUUCACCAGGCAGCAGUGCCAUGACCGGCAGUUAUGUGCCCCACCAACUGCAACCAGUUGCUGCUGCCGCAGCGGCGGCGAAUAACUAUGCUGCAGCGGCUGCUGUUGCCGGCAUGUUGCCGUCGGUCUCGUCCGAAGCCACAGCAAUGGCUGCUGCGUAUCAACAACAAGUUUAUGAUUUCUAUGCUGGACACCCCACGGCACCAGUGGCCAAUCUAGCAUCGAGUCCUAUUGUACCGGGUACCGCUUCGAUGACGCCACCGCAUCAAUAUUACGGUUCCACUACCAACUAUAAUUUCCCCUCACAUAAUCUACUCGGUAACAGUUCGAGCGCGGCAACAGCGAGUGGUACCGAUGUUACAGCAACGUUACAGUCGCAAUAUCAAUCGAUCUCGCCGCUGAUGCGCUCAAGCAGCAACAAUAACAACAACAACAUGAACUCAUGCCAAAGUAGCAAUAAUCACAAUAUCAAUUAUGCAACAGAAAACGCGACGGAUUCCAAUCAACUGUUGACACGUGAUGAGAGUCCCAACGCAUCAGUAUCGCCAGCUUUCGGCACUACUGCCAAUAACAGUGGCAUACAAUUACCACCAACACCCAAUAGUUUAACUGCCGUUAUUGGCAAUGAAACGCAUGUCGCUGGCAAUACUAUUGGCGCAACGAGUGGCGCGAAUGCCGCGGAAGAAUUGCAAAGUGCCUUGAAGACAGAACCACAACAAAUGCAACAGCUUUACGGCAGCUGGAAUGCAUCGAUGGCGCAGCAACAAACCACCUCGAAUGUCAAUAUAUCUACCACACGACCCACAGCACCACUCUCGCCGGAGGACUCGUUGAACUCGAGUUCAUCACAAAUGCCCGAGUCGACGGCGGCGCAUAUGAUGUUCCCACAUCAACGCGAUUUCACGCAUAAUCAUUCGCAAUAUGCAGCACCAACGGCAUCAUCCUUCCACACGCAUGCGCAUCACCACGCAACUGCCGCCGCACAAUAUGCCUCAUCGCAUUUGGGCUUCCAUCACAGCGCGACGGCGGCUAACAUGAGUUCCACAACGAAUGGCGGUUCGUCUCACUUUAUGCAACAGAAUUUCGGCAGUGCAGGCUUUAACUCCUCAUCGAAAAUUAAUUAUCCCACGGUGCCACAGCCAUUCUAUCAUUCCUGGUACUAAGCUGGAGUUUGGGGAUCUUACUACUUUGUAUAUAUUGAACUAUUUGUAAAUAAUGUGUAUCGUAUUUUAUUUUUUAUUACAUAAGUAGUUUAGUACUUGAGUUCAGGUGUUAUGAAAAGAGGCUUUCGUUUUAAUCAGUUAUUUUAAUAAUAUAGGGUCUGCAUAGAGAUACAUAUAUCUAUAUAAGUGAACUAAGUGAGGUGCUUCUGUUAUUAACAUAUUAAUAUCGUUCAGAAUUUAUCCUUAAAAUAAACUAGUUUGCCAUUAUUAUUAGUAUAAUGAAUGUAUUUAAUAAAAUUUGCAAGAAAAUAAGGCUUUAAAAAUAAAAAUAUUACAAGGGUGUGUAUUCAAUUUUACUUAUCAUUUAAGCAUAAUAAAAAAAUAUAUUAAAAACAAAAAUUUUAUGAAUAUACCACAUUUGCUUUAUUAUUGUAUAAUACUACAUUUUAAAUAUUAUUAACAUUUAGUAGUUUUUAGUUAAAAAUUACGAUAAUAAAUAUAAUAAAAUAUUGUUAAGUUAUUGCUCAAUAGAAGGAAAAACUAUGAAAAGAAUCGAACAUCUCAGAUUUUGAAAGGUUUUGUUUAUAUGAAACUAUUAUAAACGGAAGAAGUAUUAAUAAAAAGU